AUCUUCCCCUACCCCAUUUACGGGGCUUAAGGGAGGAGCGGCAUUGCCCUCUCACUCGCGCACAAAUACAAACCCAUCUCCACUCACGUCGUCCUUGCUUCUCAUAGUUGAAACGUCCGAAUGAAUAUCUCACCCAUGUGAAACGCGAGCCACGAUAACGGGAUAGCCUACCAGAUGUUAAUUCCAUUGAAUUUCUGAACUAAUCUCUUCCAGACUGCAACUUAGGCUGCGAGGCAUUGGCUUUAGUAUACCUACCCUUUCAGUACGAUGGGGACUCGGAAUUUUGCCCUCUACAUUAUUGCCACUGCCUGCUUGCUAGACGUCUCCCUGCAAGGGGAGCAUCAGCGGAGACUGUACAACGACCUGAUGAGAAAUUACAACCCGCUGGAGAGACCUGUGUUCAAUGACUCCCAUUCGCUUACCGUUCACUUCAGUUUCAGCCUAAUGCAGAUUAUGGAUGUGGAUGAGAAGAACCAGGUUUUAACAACCAACAUAUGGUUACAGUUGUACUGGAAUGACCACUACCUUCAAUGGAACACCUCAGAGUAUCCUGGCGUGUCAAAUGUGAGGUUUCCCGAUAGCCAAAUAUGGAAGCCGGACAUUUUGCUGUAUAACAGUGCUGAUGAGAGGUUUGAUGCUACUUUCCACACCAAUGUGCUGGUCAACUCCUCCGGGUACUGCCAGUACCUGCCACCAGGCAUCUUCAAGAGCACCUGCUACAUCGAUGUUCGCUGGUUUCCGUUCGACGUCCAGAGGUGCGACCUCAAGUUCGGCUCCUGGACCUACGGAGGCUGGUCCCUCGACCUGCAGAUGAUUGAAGCCGAUACAACUGGAUACAUUGCCAAUGGAGAGUGGGACCUUGUAGAGGUCCCUGGACACAGGAAUGAGCGGUUCUAUGACUGCUGUAAAGAGCCGUACCCGGACGUCACCUUCACGGUGGUCAUGAGGAGACGCACCCUGUACUACGGCCUGAACCUGCUCAUCCCCUGCGUGCUCAUCUCCACUCUGGCCCUGCUGGUCUUCCUCCUGCCUGCGGAUUCGGGAGAGAAGAUCUCCCUGGGAAUCACGGUCCUACUCUCUCUGACUGUCUUCAUGCUCCUGGUGGCAGAGAUUAUGCCAGCAACAUCAGACUCCGUGCCACUAAUCGCUCAGUACUUUGCCACCACCAUGGUCAUCGUGGGCCUCUCUGUGAUCGCUACAGUCCUGGUCUUGCAGUACCACCACCACGAUCCUGACGGGGGCAAAAUGCCAAAAUGGACGCGUAUCAUUUUGCUGAACUGGUGCGCCUGGUUCCUCCGGAUGAAGCGUCCGGGGGAGAAGAAGGUUCGUCUGGCCUGCAACAACAAGCAGCCGCGGGGCAGCCUGUCCAGCGUGGAGCUCAACUCCAACACGGCGCCCCCGCAGUCCACCAACGGCAACAUGCUCUACAUCGGCUUCAGAGGCAUGGAGAGCAUGCACUACACCACCGCGCCCGACUCGGGCGUCAUCUGCAGCCGGCUGGUGGCCACGGGCGAGGAGGAGAUGCUGCUCCCCGGCGCUCCGGCGCCCCCCCCGGGCGGGGCAAGGGAACCCGAGCUGGCCAAGAUCCUGGAGGAGGUGCGCUACAUCGCCAAGCGCUUCCACGACCAGGACGAGGAGGAGUCCGUCUGCAACGAGUGGAAGUUUGCCGCCGCCGUCAUCGACCGCCUCUGCCUCAUGGCCUUCUCGCUCUUCACCGUCCUCUGCACCAUCGGCAUCCUCAUGUCCGCCCCCAACUUCGUGGAGGCCAUCUCCAAGGACUUCACUUGAGCCCCUCCCAGUGCCAUAACUCCCCCAUCCCCUCACAAAAAAAAAAAAACACCGCACACACACAAUCUGUCCCUCCACAUUUUGGUUGGCAUUUAUAUAGCACCUUUAUCCAAAGCGCUUUCCCAGUACAUCCACAUUUUCCCAGUACAUUCUUUCAAGUGCACUCAUGUAUUUGAAUUGCUUAAUUCCCUAAUUUGUUCAGGGUACUCAAAAGGGUUUUCCUAUAACCUGUAGCAGUGUAAAUGUCUUCAUGUGAUGUGAUUGGUGGAUUUUAGUUUUUGUCUCCCAGGAUAGGUAUGAGUCAAGGCAAUGUUAAUUCAUAUAAUCUGAGUGUAUAGGAACACAUAAUUACUAUAGUCUACUGUGUUUGUUUAAUUUGUUUUCCAGAGGCCAUUAUAAGUGUCCUGUGAUUCAAUGUGUCAUUUUGAGUUUCAUUACGGAUGUGGUCUUGAAUUAAUUCUCAAAAACAGAGUAGAAUUUGAUAAUGAACAAUAAAGACAAAAAAAUGUUUUCCUUAAGAAA